AUGGGACGGAGUGUUGGGCUACUAAAAAUCACACAGAAAAUAUGAGACUAGCUGCAAAGCGUAAAGGCAGAUGUUCGAGAAGACAAAAUAAUUCAAAAGGGCGAUAUAUUAAAUGGCUCUUCUUAAAAGAUUGUUGCAGUACUGACGGCAGGCGACAAUCGAGGAAACUAAAUCCAUAAGGAUUUAGAUAAGCGCAAAGAAGACAAGAAGAACAUUUAAUGAGCAUAGCAUAUAAGAAACUGAUUGGAGGCAUUGAAGAAAAUAGAAAAUUAUGCAGAAUAAAAAUGAAAUGGCAAGUGAUCGAGUGGGUCGGAAGAAAAAGGAUCCAAAGAGUCCAUUAAAACUGUAUUAGGGUGGAGGGUUCAGGCACCAUCGUGGCAGACGGGGAAGGAUGAAGGGCGAGUUGAGAGCAAAGGUGGUAAAGCAUAGUGACUAAACUGAACGAGAUCCUGCAAUGAAGCUGGAAACUCACCCCCACAAUAAUACACCCAGACCAAUUACAGGUUCACUACGUGUUAGUAACGAGACGUUUCUGCGUAAGGUCAACGAUGAAUGUAUCGAGAGGAAUGUACCCCAUAAAAAGUAGGAUUAUCUCUCACUGAAGAAGAAAGAAUAAUUUAGACAGACAUUGAAAUAGAUUCUGAGUCAACAAUUAUAGAAAUUCGACCGACAAAAAAGGCUGAGGAUGAAAACAGCAUAAUCUAGAUAAAUUCGCAACUCACCGGAACCGAUCGAGAAGAGUGUGUUCAGGGUAGAUAGACCGGAGUAGGACCUCAGGGGCGUGAGCUGCUUGCGGCGGGACAGCCCGAGUCUCGAAGAGGAGGGAAGAGAAGGGGCAGUAGCCGGGAGACGAAAGUGAGGAGGCUGAGACGAGGAACUCGAGGGGAGUGCGGCACGCAGGGAAGCCAUGCUCCACGGUGA